CGGAAGUGAAGCGGAAGCCAUUACUCUCCGGAGGCGGUCGCAAUAAAAACACAUGGGUGAAGAUGCCCCUUGCAGAGAGGCCCAUCAGGAGGAGAGUGGCUUGCUUAUUCUCUCCAUGCCUGUGAGGAGAAUUGACUGCCAUCCCCACAGUAUGGCCGCCCUGGGUCUGUCUCCCACAUUAACCAUGUCUAUCCAGGACCCUGCCUGUCUCCAGGAGGUAGAAUUUCCUUUUUCGUCAAAACAUCAUCCCUGUCCCCAGAAUUUGCACCUGAUUGCUUGGCGUGGUCUGGAGCCUUGCACACCAUCCAUUGUUGCUUCUCAGGAGUCUGUGACUUUCCAGGAUGUAGCUGUGGACUUCACUGAGAAGGAGUGGCCCCUGUUGGAUUCCUCUCAGAGAAAGCUGUAUAAAGAUGUGAUGCUGGAGAACUAUAGCAACCUGACUUCCCUGGGGUAUCAGGUUGGCAAACCCAGCCUCAUCUCACACUUGGAGCAAGAGGAGGAUCUGAGGACAGAAGAGUGGAGCAUGGAGCGAAGUCCCCUUUCGAAUUGGGAAACUCCAUCUAAAGCCAAGUGGUCAAUUCUCAUGGAAAACAUCUUUGGGAAGGAAGUGUCCAGUGGUGUGACAAUGGAAAGGAGCCUAACUGAGAAGUCCUCUGACUAUGCCAACUUAUUUGAAGUCUUAAGCAUGGGCCCUCAUCUUCCUCAGCCAAUGGGAAGUUCUGCUGUGAAGAGAUCCUAUCACCAUUACACUUGUGGGAUCUCGUUCAAGACCAGGACCCAUCCAGCUCAGCACGUGAGUGUGUAUGAUGGGAGGAAAAUGCAUGAAUGCCACCAGUGCCAGAAAGCCUUCACCACAAGCGCCUCCCUGACUCGGCACCGGAGGAUCCACACAGGGGAGAAGCCUUAUGAGUGUGGGGACUGUGGGAAAGCCUUCAAUGACCCAUCAGCCCUCAGGAGCCAUGCGAGAACUCACCUCCAAGAAAAACCCUUUGACUGCAGUCAGUGCGGAAACGCCUUCCGCACCCUAUCAGCCCUGAAGAUCCACAUGCGCGUUCACACCGGUGAGAGACCCUACAAGUGUGAGGAGUGUGGCAAGGCUUACGGCAGGAGCUGCCACCUUAUUGCACACAAGCGGACACACACUGGAGAGAGGCCCUACGAGUGCCGGGACUGUGGGAAAGCCUUCCAACACCCGUCGCACCUGAAGGAGCAUGUCCGGAACCACACGGGGGAGAAGCCCUAUGCAUGCACGCAGUGUGGCAAAGCCUUCCGCUGGAAGUCCAACUUCAAUCUGCACAAGAAGAACCAUCUGGUACAGAAAACCUAUCAGUGCAAAGAAUGCGGCAAAUCCUUUGGGGAUCUCCUGUCUAGGCGGAAACACAUGAGGCUCCACAUCGUAAAGAAGCCCGUGGAGUGUCGCCAAUGUGGAAAAAACUUCCGGAACCAGUCCAUCCUAAAGACGCACAUGAAUUCCCACACCGGAGAGAAGCCAUAUGGCUGCGACCUCUGCGGAAAAGCUUUCAGUGCCAGCUCCAACCUCACCGCACACCGGAAGAUCCACACCCAGGAGAGGCGUUAUGAGUGUACUGCAUGUGGCAAAGUCUUCGGUGAUUACCUGUCCCGCAGGAGACACAUGAGCAUCCAUCUAGUGAAGAAACACGUGGAGUGUCGGCAGUGUGGGAAAGCCUUCCGGAACCAGUCCACACUGAGGACACAUACUCGGAGUCACACGGGAGAGAAGCCAUAUGAGUGUGACCACUGCGGGAAAGCCUUCAGCAUAGGCUCCAACCUGAACGUGCACCGGAGGAUCCACACAGGAGAGAAGCCCUAUGAGUGCCUCUCCUGUGGGAAAGCCUUCAGCGACCAUUCAUCCCUCAGGAGCCACCUGAAGUCCCACAGGGGAAGAAACUCUUUGUACCCUCUGUGUGGAAAAGGCUUUAGUGAGUACUUGGGUGAGCUAGACCAGAAGCCUGCAGGAGAUUUGCUCUAACUUUCCAGGGAGUAAGCAGUACAGGUUCUUACUGUGAAUGCUUGUGCACCUGCACUAUGGGGAGAACUCGAACACAUAUCAAGCUCUGAAACACCCAAGAAGUUUGGGGAGAGAAGCUUAGCUUAGCAUUUAGUGUUGAAAACCAUUUCAGUGCUUCCCAUCUUCUGGGUCUAUAAGGGGCCAUCUCUGUCACUGUGAUGGCAGGAUGGUCUCUCCUGAUCUCACUCAUGACGAAAGCACCAAAGCACAAAGCAAGGAAUGUGGCAGGGGGGCCAGCUGUCUGGAAACAUUUUUGGUUUCUAGAAUGGGGAAUGGUGCUAUGGGCACCUGGCAGCCAUGUGAUUAUCCUGUUAGUGACCGGGAGCCCCC